ACAUCACUGUGUGAUUGUGUACUAUCAAUCCUUGAUACUGUCAUCCCAAAAUCUCAGACUUCAGUUCCUGAAUCCUGAUUAGUGUUUAUUCGUUUGAGGAUUGAGGACGUUAAGAGUAAAAUUUUUGUGGCUGCUAUUAUUUAUUUAAAUAUUUCACGUUUUGUGCAAUAGAUUGACAGAUGGCCAGUGUUGUUGUUGUUGGAUUGGGUUUGGCUGUAGCUGGUUUCGCUGGUCGACAAGUUUUAAGAGCUGCCCCACAUGUCGCUCAAAAGAUGAGCGAAGUUCUCAAAACAAUGACAUCCGAAUCGGGACUUUUGUCGAGUAGUAAAUUUCAUAAAGGUGGAUUUGAACCUACCAUGUCUAAACGUGAAGCCACACUCAUACUUGACGUAUCAAAUAAUGCUCCUAAAAACAAAAUCAAGGACGCACACAAACGAAUCAUGUUGAUCAAUCACCCGGAUAAGGGCGGUUCACCGUACAUAGCGGCAAAAAUAAACGAGGCCAAAGAUUUUCUGGAUAAAAAAUAAACAGCCAGUCUAUUAAGUAACGUUCGCGGUAUCGUAGUGUAAAUAUGUGAAUGUACAAAAAUAUAGAUAUAUAUUAUAUUAUCAUUUUAA